ACGAGUAACUCGCGUCUCGCUGAGAAAAUCUCAUUAUAGUUCAGUGGAAAAUCUUCUCCGUAAUGAUAAAAUUUACUUGUCUUUAUGUCUUAUAUUAAUUACACCAAAGUUGUUAAAAAAAUGGCAAAAUUAUUGCGGCAAACAGUUCUAUUUUGAUGGUUUUGCCCUCUGUUGCGAAACCGUUGACAUGACAAUGAGGCCAGUUACAGUAGUGGCAGAACACCUUCAAUUAAGGGGGGGGGGGGCACUGCCGACUUUUGGUCCCAUUCUUUCCGUGCAACGCCCAUAGGGCUUAUGUUAAAAUGCCAAAUUCAAAGGGUGGCACGGUGCCCUCCCCGUUCCGCCGCCCACCCGCCGCCUAUGCAUCAGGCAUUGAGGUCAAAUCUGAUGACAUGAAAGCGAAAGGGGUUUGGAAGUCCUGUCGACAUUAUCACUUAUCAGCUACACAGUACACAGUAUUGAGUAUAGAACGUACUGAACUGAAGACAGGCUGGAAUCUGAAUCAUGGAAAUGUACACUAAGACGAGGUCGUCGCAGACGGUGCCGGCGCGGAGGACGCGCCGAGUCCCCCGACGUCCGGACCGUGCUGUCUAUACUCCGCCGGUGGCGCGGAAGCCGGCCGUGCCGCCUCGCGCCGUGCUCUUCAGACUGGAGUACUGCGACACCAGCAGCGGAGCGGUGCGCCACGAGUCCUUCUUGGAAGGCACAGACCUGGCCGAGUUCUGCGCCUCGUUCGCCAAGAAGGCCGGCCUGGACGAGCAGCGGCAGCGGGCUCUUCUGGAGCGUCUGCAGAAGGAAGUGGGGCAGGACGAGUCAGAAACGCUCCAGUGAGAGCAGAGGGGCACUGGUAUGCACGUGAGGGAUGGCGGCAGGGACGGAGGACGUGAUCUCAUAGGAAGGCUAGACAGCCGACGGUAAGAUAGUGCUAUGCCCAUGGUGGCUUGGGAUGACGGUGUUGAGGGCACGACCGUUUGGUGGGAGCCCGUUCUGUCGGUAUCUGAGCGUACGCGGUGCUAAGCGCUCUGUAGCGGACAUUUUUUCCGAUGAAUGACUGUGAUUGUGGUCCAAUAUUGGCGGCGGGGGCUUGCUCUGGUUUCCUGUGCGGUAGCAGAAGCAGCAGAUCAUGCUAGUCAAGUCCUUCGUUUUCGUUUCUCACGUUGUGUUAGCCCUGCAGUGUGUAACAGAUGGUCCGUGAGACCGAUUCGGGCGAUGUCGACAGGGGACGACGUACCAGCGGAAGUCAUAUCGUUCAGUACUGCCGUGUGUCACAUGCGAGGAGCGCGCAGAGGCACACAGUUUUAUCAUGGUUAAUGAGUGGGUGUGCAUGGUUUUCUACUAGCCCAAAGCCUAGAGAAGUUUAAUUGAAGUUGGUCUGGUGCUUUACAUGAACGUAGACAGAACUCACGACAAUGCAGAGAGGCAGGAAGGCUUAUGUAAACGUCGCGUUAGGCUGUUGGACUCGGAGUGAUCAAAUUAUCAUGCGACCUCUAUAACUCAGGUACAGGCAUCCUCACUACUCACAUUGUGUGCAGAUGUGCUCCACUACUUGAGGCUUUAGGGUUGCUUCCACAAAGUGGAUGAAAAGGUGAACACCUUUCUGGUCAUCUGACUGCAUGUCAAGUGUGUUGUGUCUUAUCUACAAAUACAUGACAUUUCUAUUC